AUGGAAUCCAAUCCGACGACGUCGUACGUGCCAUUGUUUUACUGUGUAAUACUAACAGUCGCGCUUCGAGGAUUGUGUGCAGCAACAAAUGGACAGGAGCUGGCGUCCAACUACUACGACCUAACCUGCCCUAGGGCUCUGGCCGCGAUCCGAGGUUCAGUCCUCGCCGCCGUCCGUAAAGACCGGCGAAUGGGAGCCUCUCUGCUGCGGAUGCACUUCCACGACUGCUUUGUCACCGGAUGUGACGGGUCUGUUUUGCUGGACGACACGCCGAGUUUCAGAGGGGAGAAGACGGCGGGACCUAAUGAUAAUUCUCUUAGAGGGUUUGAAGUGAUUGAUGCGGUUAAGUCGCAGGUGGAGUCGCUUUGUCCUGGAGUUGUCUCUUGUGCUGAUAUCCUCGCUGUUGCCGCCAGAGAUUCUGUUGUUGCAUUGGGAGGUCCAACGUGGGCGGUCCAACUAGGAAGAAAAGAUUCAACGACGGCGGACUAUGCCGCCGCCAACACCGACCUCCCGUCACCGUUCAUGGACCUUCCGGCGCUCAUCUCUUCCUUCUCCGACAAGGGCUUCACUUCCAAACAAAUGGUCGCCCUCUCCGGGGCCCACACCAUCGGCCACGCCACGUGUCGCGUCUUCCGAGACCGGAUCCACCAAAACAACGCCUCCUCCUCUUCCGACAACAUCGACGCCUCCUUCGCCGACUCGCUCAAAUCCGGCUGCCCGCCGUUGGCCGGCAGCAACGACACCUCCCUCUCUCCGCUCGACGCCGCCUCCCCUGCCUUCUUCGACAACGCUUACUUUACCAACCUGAUCGCCAACCAGGGCCUCCUGCACUCUGACCAGCAGUUGUUCGGCGGCGCGUCGACCGACGCGCACGUGGUUGAUUACGCCAAGCGUCCACGCGCUUUCCUCGCGGAUUUCGCAGCCGCUAUGGUGAAAAUGGGGAGCCUUGGGGUGAUCACAGGGACGGACGGCGAGGUGCGUGCCAACUGCCGGAAAAUCAACGGUUGA